AUGGUUACGCGGGCGUGUGCUGCCAUCGUGCUCCUUGCAGUGAUUGCCGUGCAUGGGCAAUCGUCGACCUCUACAACCGAAACCUGGGUGACUACAGCAGCAGAAGGCCAGACCUCCUCCGCCACCGCCAUGGCUGGCAGCACUACGGGGUACGAUUGGGGUUCAACGGCCACGCCACAACAACCUUCAACGCCACAGACCGUAGGCAAAUUGGGCUGCGGAUGCAACCAUUCGUCACUUUGGUUGGACAUCAUGCUCGUUCUUGACUCCUCAAGCGCCAUGACGGGCGGAGGUCUCCAGGAGUUGCAAAAUUACAUCGGUACCGCUGUGUUGCGCAUGGCUAUUGGACAGCAAACCGGACAGAUGUCUCGAAUUGGAAUCAUCACCUACUCGGACAAAGCCACGCUUCGUGCUCCAUUGACCAUGUUCAACAGCUCGGACAACUUCGUCGAUGGAAUCUUCGGCGUUCCAUUUGAGAACCUUGGCGGAAGCAACAUUGAGGCUGGAAUCCAACUGGCCGUCGCUGAAUUUGAGAAGAACGGUCAGGGCUCUUUUGCCAACCGCAAGAAGGUUAUCGUCCUCGCCGCUUCUCACUACGAGCCCGGCGGUUCCGUGGACCCGAAGCAGACUGCCGCUACUUUCCGUCUUAACGGCGAAUACGUCCAGACCCACGGAGCGACCGUUCCGGUUCUUUCUGAGCUGGCGUCGAACUGCUCCCAGUUGACCAACAGGAAUGAGGACCUCCGCGCUGACGACUUGCUCGACAAAUUCUGCUUGGCGAACUGCUUCUGCGCCACCAACUGGAACCCAUACUCGAUGGAUUCGCAGUGCUACACCCCCGAUCAAGGCUGUUAUUUCCCCGUCACCAUUCCAUCUGCUUUCGUUCUGGCUCAACGUUAUUGCCACAACCGAAAUGGAGCCACCCUCCCAACUGUCUGUGAUGCUGAUAAGGCGAAUUACAUGGCAUCUCAGCUGAAGAAUGCUAAGGAGGCCCAGUGGACCGGCCUGCAGAACGUUGGUGGCAACUUCCAGUGGGAUGAUGGUACCUCCUACGCAAGCUGCCAGCCCGGAAUUAACCCAUCGUGGGUCAAUGGCACCGCAACCAGUGGCCAACCCGUCGCUCAGGUUACCAUCAGCGGUUUCCGCCAAGGCUUCUUCGGCGCCCCAUCCUUCAACGAUUACCUGUACACCUGCCAGAAUGCUCCAUGCAGCAGCACCCUCUACUGCGCU